CCUGGUGCCGCGCCCGACAGCCCUCGCCCGCCUUCCAGCCUCUGCAGCAGCCCCGGCUCCUUCCCGCCCGACAGCCUGCAAGCCUUCCCCGGCCUCGACUCGCCCAGCAUCCAGUGUGACAGCCUGGAGUGUGCCGCCUGCUCGUGCUGCUGCUGCCGGAGCGCGGGCUCGGCCGGAGCCAGCGAGGACAGCCUGCAGGCCCCUCUCGCCCGGGGCUCCGGCUCACGGUGCUUCGGCGCUCACCGCGCCUCCAGCGACCUCUCCGACAGCCUGGAGUCCUUCAUCCAGCACGACAGCCUCCAGUCGCUCUCCAGCCUGGGGGUGAGCUCCUCCAGUAUCAGCGGUGAUAGCCUUGAAUCCCUUUCCAGCCUGAGUCUGGGGACCACCAGCGAUCUCGAGCUCAUCGGCCACUGAGUCUGCCUUCAGCUUCCCGCACAACGCCUUACUGCUGGCUCUGCCAGCUGCCCUGAGAGCUGCCAGGCUUCUGCCCUUCCUUCCAAGGUGUCGUUGUUCCAGGUGAUCCUUGCUGCAUCCAGUGCAAUAACCUCGGACCUUACUGUGGCUGACAUUCUCAAAUAAAGUGAUCCAGAGGGAUAGUGUUCAUUAUUAGCUGCAGUGUUAACGUUGAUUUUUUGUCAGCAGUUAAGAAUGGAAGUGCGUGGUCCUCCGAGGAAUCCCAGCUACCUCUCCGAUCUCUAUGAGAACAUGUUAAGGGCUGAAGGAGCAAUGAGACGAGGGCAGCAGCAGCCCCCAGCAGACCAUACAAGUAGCAACAAGACUUUUCGGAGCAGUGCCCCAGCCAAGGAGAGCCCCCAGCCAAAUAAUCAUCCGAACAGCGCCUCCUCCAGCUGUGACCCAGCCCUGAGACCCAUCAUCCGCCGCCGAGCGAGGUCCCUGCCAACAUCACCAGAGAGGAGGAAGAGAGCAGCAGUGCAGUGUCAGAAGCCCAGCUUCCAGAGCCGCAUGAACCGGGUCAGGUUUGCUGAUGCUUUAGGCUUGGAGCUCACUGAAGUGAAAGUCUUCCAGACUGGGGAGGAUCCAUCCAUCCCUUUGCACGUCCUGUCCAGGCUCUCCAUAAACUCAGACCUCUGGUACAGCAACUUGAACUUGGAAUUCAGUAUGCAAUGUUUGGUCCCUGACUUCCAGCAGCCUGCAGAUUGUCUGGAUUUCUCAUCCCGACUCCAGGAGCAGCAGGUGUGUCUGGAACGGGUGACCAGCUCAGAUCUGGGGCUCAGUGGCACCAUCCAGGUUCGGAAUGUUGCUUUUGAGAAGCAGGUGUCUGUGCGCUACACCUUCAACCAGUGGGAAAGCAUCCACGAGGUGUGUGCUCGUUGGGACUGCAGCAUCCCAGAGAAAAACGGGCAGGAUCAGGUUGAUGUGUUCACUUUCUUUCUUCCUGUGCCUCCUUUUCUCCUUCAGCUAAGCACUCUUGUCCAGUUUGCAGCAAGGUACCAAGUCAAUGGCCAAGAGUACUGGGAUAACAACAGAGGCAAGAACUACACCCUCAGCUGUCAGACUCACCCCCUGAAGAUGCCAAGGGAAUGUGAGGAGAGCUGGAUCCACUUCAUCUGAACAAAGGCAGUGGUGCUGAGCAGCUGUCUGUGGCCUUGGUGGCACUCUGUCCCUUGGCAUGGCUCUCUGCUCCUAUGGAAACGGUCUUCUUUUUGAAACCUGCCAAACCUGGCCAAGUGUCCCAGGGCUGAGAAGCAGCCUGUGGGUGGCCUGUACAAACUGCUCUAAACCUCUAGGAAAGUUUAAAAGGCCAAAAUCUGUAGUGAGAUACAAUCAUAGAAAAGCCAUGUGAGUUUUUUGAGUGCAUGAGUCAUUGCAAAAUGGUUCCCAGGAAUGCUGUGAGGCUACCAGAGGGCAAAACAACAUGUUUCUUGUUGCUAGUGAUACUCUUGGUUGCAUAGAACGUUUCUAACAGAUCUCUCUUACCAUUUUCUACUGUUUGUUUUCUAAGUGGACAGUGUGGCUUUACUGGUUUUGUUUCUAAUUUUGUUUAUAUUACUUCACCAAAUCAGGGCACUAUUCCAUUUAUGCAUAGUUUGGAUGACAGACACUGUAGGGAGUACUUGUAUUUAUAUACAUAGGUUAUUAAGGCUGUAACCACAUUAAAUAUUUCCAGUAUCUGAGUUGGAAAUUAAAUGCUACUGUGAGCAAAAUGUACAUGAAAAUGUGCCAUCAGCCCCUCUGUUUCUUUUACUUGGCAAAAAAAAUGGCAAAAAAAAUGAAAGGUGCCUUUUCUUAUCUCCUCCUUGCAGCAGAUGUGAUUGUUACCAAUGUUUGUGUGAGGCAGAUCUGCCUGGGGAAAUUCUCACCUUUGUCUAUUGAUGCCCAAGUAGGUUUUUCUCAAGGUGGUGGUACAAGAACUCUCUUUUCCUGAUGCACCUGCUUUUACUAAGGGAAAAGGAUCAAUUUUUGAUUUGUGUUGCGAAUGCAGUUGAAGGUCUCAAAACACUGUAUGAAUGCUUAUGAUUUUAUCACUGUUACUGGUAAAAUUAUAGAUUAAGAAAUUGAUAUCACAUAAAUAUAUAUAUAAGGAAAAGAAAUAGUACAGGGAGUGGGGUACAGAGGCUUGGAAUAGCAUUCAGAAGUCUGAAUCACAGUUGUUCCCCAGUGUUCCAGAACUACUGCAGAAGUAGCUUUGACUUAGUUAUUUAGCUGCUUGCCAUUGUAAAACAGUUGAACUCCCAAGACUGCAGCCUUUGCAACACAAACAGCAACUUGAAAGCACUUAAUUUGGUAAACUGCUACUUCCACAGACUCAUAAACAGAAUCCCUUCUGCUGCAGGGAGAGCACAGGAACACUGUUAGACCAUCUUCCCGUGCUUCUUGCUCUAUUGUUUUUGUUCUGUGCUUUUAGUGUGGUUUAAGAUUUGCAUUCUGGGGAAGACUGUCAUGUGCUAGUAAAUGUCAGACCUGAGUGUCCCCUUGGCCAGAUUUUGUAAAGCUGAGGCUGUCAGGAGAAAGGUUCAUGCCAGAUAUAGCGCAGUGUGAGAGGGGCGGAGAAAUGAAUGUCUCAGCAGUCUGACUUGGGCUUCUGCUGUCUUCCUUCCACAAUCUCUCUGGGUAUUGGCAUGUGCAAGGUCUUGAAUACUAACUACUGAAGCAUUAUUCCAAGUUUCCUUUUGCUCUCUGUGCUGGUCUGCACUGCUGAGGAAGAUCUGACAGUUCAGUUCCUGCCAGUGCAGUUCUCUGGCACUGCUGGCUCAGUGGAGCAGUGGAGCUGAGAGCCUUCUCCAGGUUAAGCUGCUAAACCUUCACACCAGUACUGGUGCCUAUCACAGCAGAGCUGGUAUUUGCACUUAGGUUUCCUUGCCACACUCAGUAAUAAACAUCAAAUGGCUUCUGGUUGACAAAAAUGGGAUUAAGCCAUUUAGUGCUAAUAUGCACCUGUUGUGAGGGUAAACUUACACCACAUUUAUAUCUUCUCAGGACAACUUGACUACUUGCACUGUGUUCAAAUUGAGCACUUCCCUUAUAAUGAGGUUUUUCAAAAGUGAAUUCUUCCACAAGGAUUAUCACCAUAUAAUGCACUUUUAAAAACAUGUAUUUAUUAUUGUCAUACAGUAAAUGAAUGUCUAGUAGUCCACAGUUUAAAGGUUCUUUCAAGCAUGUUUUUUUAAAGAAACAUGAAAUCCAUGUAAAUAAAAAGGGGUUGUACAUUACACAGUAUAACAAUGAAGCACAUAUGCUGGACAAAAGGUCCAGCAGUUGUAAAAUUGCAAAGUGCUUAAUUAAUUUUAAAAAGCAAUAAUAAAACUAUGGCUAUUGUAAUACAGAAGAUUGAAAUAAAAGCUUUUCAAAAUUU